ACGUGGAGAAAGGCAGAGAUUUCCGUGACACCAACUGAAAAACAUACUAAACUCAACCAUCCUCGAGAAGAACCAGCCAGCAUGAAGACCGUCCUGUGUGUCGCUUUCCUCGUUGUGGCUCUUUGCCUGGUCUGUGAGGCUGUGCAAGUCCAGGAAGGUGAUUUUUCCUUUUCACUGGACUCUGUGAAAGUUCUCCAGCAGUUGACCGAUCAACAAAAACCACAAACACAAAACCCCCGGUUGGCCAAGACGAGCUACUUUUCUGUAUGUUCCAAUCCAACACUGCCACAGGAGUUUGUGCCCCUGUGCAUGCAGAAAGGAGCAACAAUGUCCCUUGCUAGACUAGCAUCUGUGAAUGUGGACAUCUGUGAAAUAUGUGCUUUUGCGGCUUGUACCGGCUGCUAAUUCUUCCCAAUGCUUGAUCAUCCUCACCUCCAACUUAAUAAAAUAUGCAUAUUUUCAAUCAAUGCCAUAAGUUCUCAUAGUUGACUAUACGAACAUUGCCAAUGUUGCCUAAAUGGCAAAACUGAAAAUGACAGCACGCUGUUUAUGAACUGUUACUUAAACUUCCUUCCCCUCUUUUCUUUCCCAUAUUUUGUUUUGUUACAGCACAUAUUUCAUUUAUUUAAGAAAGAAUUGUCUUUUUUAUUUUUUCUAUUUCUCAGUUUUGCUGGGUUUUAUACUCCUUUGUGUGUGGUAUUACCUCAGUGUUCAAUAAAAUGCUUUGAAAAUCGGU